AUGGCUACUAAUAUAUUACUAACACCAGCUCCAUUGUCCAGAAUCCUGCGUUUUGACAUCUACAGUUCAUCAAAUUUACGGAAAUUAAGACCCAAAUCUCCAAUUUUCCUUACAAUUACAACAGCAAGAGCUUCAGUUAGAGCUGCUGCUUCAACAAUGUCGUACGAUGAAGAACUUGCUGCUGCCAAGAAAGCUUGCUCCCUCGCUGCCCGCCUCUGUCAGAAAGUGCAAAAGGCGCUGUUGCAAUCAGAUGUCCAAUCAAAAUCUGAUAAAAGUCCUGUUACGGUAGCUGACUAUGGUUCACAAGCUGUGGUAAGCUAUGUCUUGGAGAAAGAGUUACCUUCUAGGCCAUUCUCAUUGGUAGCUGAGGAGGAUUCCACAGACCUUCGCAAAGGAGGAGGUGAAGAUACUCUUCAGCGCAUCACAAAGCUCGUCAAUGAAACUCUUGCUAGCGAGGGAAUGAAUAAUAAAUCACCUCUAUCUGAUGAAGAUAUCCUUGCCUCAAUUGACUCGGGGAAAUCUGUAGGAGGUUCUGUUGGUCGGCACUGGGUUUUGGAUCCCAUUGAUGGUACAAAGGGGUUUCUUAGAGGAGACCAGUAUGCCAUUGCUUUAGGAUUGCUAGAUGAAGGGAAGGUUGUAUUAGGUGUCCUUGCUUGUCCCAAUCUUCCUUUGCAGCCACUUUCUGGCCAAGGCCAGCAAACCUUUCCACAAAAGGUUGGUUGUUUGUUCUUUGCCAAAGAAGGUGCUGGAACCUAUAUGCAAUCUCUUGAUGGCUCACCACCCACACAGGUGCAUGUUAGUGCUACAGAAAACCCUGAAGAGGCAUCUUUCUUUGAAUCUUUUGAGGCAGCUCAUUCUUUGCAUGAUUUAACUAGCUUGAUAGCUAAAAAACUAGGAGUGAAAGCACCUCCUGUACGAAUAGACAGCCAGGCAAAGUAUGGGGCCCUGUCCAGAGGAGAUGGAGCAAUAUACAUGCGUUUUCCUCACAAGGGAUAUCAUGAGAAAAUAUGGGACCACGCUGCAGGAUGUAUAGUUGUUACAGAAGCUGGAGGCAUCGUAACGGACGCCGCAGGAAACCCUUUGGACUUUUCCAAGGGAAGAUUUCUGGAUCUGGACACAGGAAUAAUUGUUACUAAUCAGAAGUUAAUGCCAACUUUGUUGAAGGCUGUCCAAGAAUCUUUGAAGGAGAAAGCAUCUGCCUUGUAA